CCAGGGUCUGCAUGCAAAAUGUCCACCGCCAUUGGUUUUCCUAAUUUAAAAGCAGAUCUCCUUCGUGGUUAAGGCCAUGGUGCUUUCCUCCUAAGUACGAAGCUCUCCGUUUUGGUACGAAGCUCUACGUUUUGGUACGAACGAUCGAAAUGGCCGAAGCCCAACUACGUGACGAACGUGGUAAUCCCAUCCAACUCACCGACCAGUACGGCAACCCUGUCAAGUUAACCGACGAGCACGGCAACCCCGUCCACCUAGCCGGUGUUGCCACCACCGUUCCUGCCGCCGGAUCCCACUAUGGCUCUCAAGGCACCGGCACCACCGGUUUUGGGACACACGGUGGUGUAACGGGAACGAAUACCAGUGGAUUCGGCACGUACGGUACAGGGACUUACGGUGGCGGUGCAACCCGGGGAACGGGUAUUGGUGGCGGUACGACAGUGGGGGAUUUGAUGAGCGACCACACAAAGCAGCAUCACACCGGAGAACUUCGUCGAUCCAACAGUUCAAGCUCCAGCUCGUCCGAGGAUGACGGGGAAGGCGGGAGGAGAAAGAAGAAAGGAUGGAAGGAGAAAAUAAAGGAGAAGCUGCCGGGAGGAGGAGGAGGAGGAGAAGCUAUAAAUUAUCCUCAGAACCAGGGACACGUGAAGACCACAACCACAGAUACUUAUACAACAACUAUGGCUACAGGUCAUGGUCAACUUCCCACCGGUGCUGGCGGCGUAAAACACCACGACACUGGGCAUGAGCACCACGAGCAUCAUGAGAAGAAGAGUAUAAUGGAGAAGAUCAGAGACAAGUUGCCUGGUGCCCAUCACUGAAUCACCACCUGCUUCUUACCCACUUGCUAGCUGCUCCUCAUGCUUUAAUUCAGUUCCUUUCCUGUAAUGUAUAAUUUCACUUGUAUCGUGGGUUUGUUUGUGGAUGUUUUCCCCCCUAUAUAGCACGCCUUUUUAUUAUGCAAUUCAGAUCUCUCUCGUGUUUAGUUUAAAAUAAA